AUGUCUACUCGUCUUACUUUUUCUGCUGGAAAAAGACCGAACAGAACCGUUUAUAACCUACCAGAAUAUGAAGCCAACGUAACGCCAUCAGCAAAACAGAAACCAAACCGAAAGCCAAGUGAUGUUACCAAGGUGACGUCAGACGCAACUCCUCAGUCGCUAAACAGCUCCAAGACAGUUAACAGCCCAAAAAUAUCUGAAUCCAAAGUAACGGAACCAAAAACUGUGUUGCCUACAAAUUUACCUUUAGAAAACCAAAAGCCAAGUGAUGUGAUCACGGUGACGCCAGAGGCAAAUCCUCAGUCGCCAAACAGCAACAAGACAGUUAACAGCCCAAAAAUAUCAGAAUCCAAAGUAACGGAACCAAAAAUUGUGUUGCCAAGAGCUAUAAAUCAAAAAGAACAACAAACAAAAAAUGAGAUAUUACCAUCAAGGAAAUUUUCACAACCAAAGAUAAUAAAUAUUAAGGAAGAUAGAACGAACACUAGACCAUUAAACAAAUAUGCAAAAACAUACGAAUUAGAGAAAUUCGAGAAGAAAUUAUUGAUAAUUAUCAACCAAUAUGAGAUAAUUGGCUACAAGGAACCUCGUUGGGGUACAGAAAAAGAUGUAAGCGCUUUAACAAACACGUUUCCGAAAUUCGGAUUUGAGAUUGAAUUACAUGAAGAAAAAACGGUGUCGGAAGUGUCCACGUUGCUGGGAACUUUUGACCAUCGUAAUUUCUCGGAAUAUGGUUGUGUGGCAAUUGUAGUUCUUACUCAUGGGACAAAGGGUGGCUACUUACACGCCAAGGACGGCCUUUACCACGAAUACCUUCUAUUAAAUGCAUUUAAAACGCAGGAUAGGCCUUCCUUGGUGACAAAACCAAAGCUCCUAAUUAUUCAGGCCUGCCGUGGUGAACAGUCUGUAGAGGGUGUUAACGUUGGCACACCAAGUACUAUUAAAAGAGACUCGACCUCCUUUGAACCAUAUCUAUUACCAGGUGAAACGGACAUUUAUGUUCUCCACAGUUCUUACGAUGGAAAACCUUCGCACAGAGACAUAUUCGACGGUACUUGGCUAAUUCAGACAUUGUGUAAAAAGAUAAAUGAAUUAGCCCCAACCCACGACUUGGCCAGUAUAGUCACUGAGGUGAAGCAAGAAGUGGCAGUCGAUUUUUGCUUUGAAGAAUAUAACACAGAAACAUUAAAAAUGGAGACGAACACACAAGUGCCUGUGGACACGUCGUCGCUUAUUCGGAAGUUAUAUUUUCGGAAGUAUGGUGAAGCACCGAUUUCUGGGAUACCGACUACUCCUGAUAUAGGAUUGGAGAAAUGCUCAUGCUUUAAGGACUAUUUCGCAUACAUAAGGACGUGUUUGCGGUUGCAUUUAAAACAAAAUCCUGGUGAUGCCAUUACGGAGUACUUCAUCACAGCAUUAGAAUCGUUGGAAAGCUGUUCCGAUACGAGCGAUAAAGAAAAAAUCACGAAGGCCAUUGUGAAUUACUUAAGCUUGAACAGCAAACAAAGCUUAUUCUACAAAAGUAUUCAUUUUCAAAAUUAA